CUCGGGGAACGUUUUGAGUGUUACACACACACGUCCCACUCCCCACGUGAAUAGGAACAUGGCUGCUGAAGAAGACGUGUUGGGUCUACUGGGGGAAUGUAUAAACAAACUAAACGAUGACACAGCACACCCAGAUAAGUUUCUAAGUAUUCAAGAUGGUGUGGCAGCAGACUUCACGUCGCUGGCCAAGAUCCUGUAUGAUCUCAACAAGACAAACGAAACUGCCGACUGUAAAGGCAGCCCGCUUGUCGAGCUGGUGGUUGACAGCUUCGACGAGGAGCAGAUCUGGCAGGAGCUGGAGCUCCAGAACACCAUUGUGUUAUCGCACUUUGAGAUAAAAAUUCACAAAGCUGCUGAAGAUGACAUGUUUACUCUUAUCGAAGAGAUAGAGGAGGGUGCAGGAGAUCGAAAGGAAGAUGCAGCAGCAGAGGAGUUGGAGGAGGAUGAAGGUGAGGUGGAGGAAGCAGAAGAGAUAGCUGCGAAGAGGCCACGACGGAAAACUGUGAAGCACCAAGACUCAGACUUGGAGGAGGACUCAGACUUUGAUUUCAACACGGAUGAAUUUGAGAAGCGGGAGCAGAAUAAGAAACAGGCAUUGGUAGCAAGAAAAAGAUUUCCUCAACAGUUGUCCGAGGUAGACGACAGGUUCUUCAAGUUGUCGGAGAUGGAGUCCUUCCUUGACGACAUGGACAAAAAAGAGGGCAAGGAGAUAGAGGAUGGCAUAGACUAUUUCCAAGACUUUGCUUCUGACAACGAAGGAGAAACUUUCAACUUUGAGGAACCAAUCUCUGCAAAGAAACAAACCAAAAAAAGUUCUCUAAAGAGCUCCAGGAACCUCAAGUAUAAAGACUUCUUUGAUCCUGUGGAUGGAGAGGCACCUGGCACAGGAGGUCACCACGUCGACAGCAUGGAUGAGCUGCAGGAGGACAAUAACGAUUACAAUCAAGAAGAGGAGUCAGAUGAGGAAGAGAAUGACUCUGAGGAUCCAGAGGCGAGCCAGUCCCCACAGGGUCAUAAAAAAGUGACCUUUAAUCUUUCUGAGGAAGAGCAGAGCGAGGGAGAAGACAUCGUCGACAUCAUUGGUGGGAAGUCAAGCUUGGAAAAAGAGGAACCAAAGUCUUCGUUUGAGAAACGUCAGCAAAAGAUGACUGAGAAGAUCCGUGAGUUGGAGAAGGUGGCAUUGUCAGAGAAACCUUGGCAGCUGGCAGGCGAGGCCACGGCUCAGACCCGCCCUGAGAACAGCAUCCUGACAGAAAAUGUAGACUUCGACCAAACUUCCAGGAGGGCUCCUGCUAUCACAGAGGAGACCACACUGAAGCUGGAGGAUAUCAUCAAACAGAGGAUAAAAGAUCAGGUGUUUGACGAUGUUGUGAGGAAGGAGAAGCCGAAGGAGGAGGCGUUCCGAUACAAGAAGAGGUUGACUCUUGACCAUGAGAAGAGCAAGCUGAGCCUGGCGCAGAUCUAUGAACAAGAGUUCAUCAAGCAGACACAGAAAAGUACCGUGGUGGAGGAGAACCCAGCCAAUGUUGAAAUUAAAAAGAUGAUGGACACGCUCUUCCUGAAACUUGACGCCCUCUCCAACUUCCACUUCACUCCUAAACCUGCUGUUCCAGAGAUCAAGGUGGUGUCCAACCUCCCCUCCAUCGCCAUGGAGGAGGUAGCUCCCGUUGGUGUUAGCGACGCUACACUCCUGGCCCCAGAGGAAGUCAAAGAGAAGAACAAAGCAGGAGAUGUGCUGGGAGACUUGGAGAAGACGACGACUGACAAGAAACGGCAGAGACGUAAGAUGAAGAAGGUGAAGCAUGUGAGGAUCAAGGAGAAGGAGAGACGACAGAAACUGAAAGACGACAGCGGCAUUGAGGGGAACAAGAAGAUGUCCAAGACCCAGGUGGCCGACAAGCUUAAGAAGAUCACCAUGGGUGGGAAAGCAACCAUACUCAAGGAUGAGGGGAAGGACAAGGCGUUGCGAUCCUCCCAGGCUUUCUUCUCGCAGUUGCAGGACCAGGUAAAGAGUCAGAUCAAAGACUCCAAAGGACAGGCAGCCAAGAAGAAGAAGCAGAAACUGUCUGCCAGCAAACUGAAGUUGUGAACAGAGCAGAUGGAUAGCAUAUCUCUGUAUAGAUUUUUUUAACGGAAAUCUUUUACCUUGUCAGUGCUUGUUUAUGGGUUCUUAAGAAUAAUUAAAUGCUUUGUUUUAUU